AUGGCAGAAACAAAGGCGAUCAUUGCCACCGCCACGGUACUAUACGGCAAGAUCUCGCGCGCGUACGACAACUUGCGGAAGCUCGGCGAGGCCAACAUCACCCUCGGCGCAGUAGAGGCCCGGCUUCAAAACCUCGAGAAGCUGUGGGAAAAGUUCGACGCAAUUAACGAUACGCUAGCCGAUCGUGUGGAAGAGAUAAAACAUGAUGUCUACGCCAAGCAAGACAUCCCGUCAUUAGGUGAGGAAGCUUACCUGCAGAAUAAGGGCCUCAUGCUCGACCUAAAGAGCGCUCUCCAGCGGCGGCUGCAGGCAGCCAGCUCUACCUCGGCCGCGCCAACGACCUCCGCUCCUCGGACAGCGCUGCCAAAAAUCCAGCCACCGACCUUCGCCGGGAAGUACGAAGACUGGCCGUCCUUCCGAGACCUCUUUCAAUCCAUCAUCGGCAGGAACCAGGCAGCCAGACCUGUUGAAAAACUGCAUUACCUCAAGCUCUGUGUAAAGGGUGAUGCGGAACUGCUAAUACGCAAUUUGAGUACGACGGAUGAAAAUUACGAGAUCGCCUGGAAGACGUUAAGCAAUUUCUACGAGAACAAGAGGUUGUUAACUCGUAACUACCUCAACAACUUUCUGGCUCUUACUAAAAUGAAGAGCGAAUCCGCAGCUGAGCUAGGGCGACUCUUCCACGGCGUAAAAACAACCGUAAGUUCGCUGAAGAGCAUCGAUCGUCCCAUCGACCGCACGGAGGACCUCUUUGUUCACCUUGUAGUUGAGCUGCUCGAUAAUCGUUCGCGUCGCGAAUGGGAGAGCGUCAUCAGCCACACCACCAACCCGCCUACCUACGCCGAAUUGGAAGGAUUCAUAGAGCGACGGCUGCAUACCUUAGAGGCUCUGUUUCCUGUGAAGAACGACAGCCGCAGCAGCAGCGACACCAAAGCAACUCGAAGCCAUCACGUAAAGAAAACUGAGCCGAAAGACAGGUCCAGAAGUCGGUGCGCCGGUUGCCAGGGGGACCACUUCAUAAUGUUUUGCAGCAGCUAUAAGGAGAAGACGGCUACAGCGCGCAUGCAGUUUGUACGCGAACAGAACCUCUGUUCUAACUGCCUGGGGCGCCACCAGCUGACUGAGUGCGCGUCAAAAAAGACCUGUAUGACGUGCGGCAGUCGGCACCACUCUUCUCUGCACGACGCCUUCCGCGACGCCGAGACCGCUACGACAUCACACGUGGCUCAAGGACAGCCCUUCGCCUCUGUCACUGUGCUGCUCGCCACUGCUCGAGUCCGCGUCCUCGAUCGUCACGGAUCAUGGCAUCCCGCCCGAGCUCUGAUCGACCAGGGCUCAGAGACGACCAUAGUUUCGGAGCGGUUGGUUCAACGACUGCGACUGCCUCGCACGUCUGCCGCCGUCAGCGUCUAUGGACUCGGCGAGCAAAGGACGGGAAUCGCCAAGGGCAAGGUCAAGCUCACCUUUCGAGCGCUCAACGGUGAGACGUCCAACUCCGUCUCCGCCUUGAUUUUGCCGAAGCUGACUCUAUUCUCCGGAGGAUGCCGCCGAAGCCUGCAAUCCUGGACACAUCUCAGGGACCUGGAGCUAGCCGAUCCAGAAUUCCAUUCCGCUGAUCCAGUAGACCUUCUGCUGGGCGCCGACGUCUACGGAUUAAUCAUCCGCCAGGGUCUGAAAAAGGGAGGUCCUCAGGAACCGGUGGCACAGCAAACUUCGCUAGGCUGGAUACUCUCAGGAGCCAUCAACGAGAAUACACGCUGCCAACGUAUGUCCUCCCACCAUUGCCAAGUGGAGGAAGACCUCACCUGUUUGGUACGUCGCUUUUGGGAGCAGGAAGAGGUUCGACAGCCGUCUCAGCUCUUCACCAAGGUCGAGCGGGAGUGCGAGGAGCACUAUCGUCAGUACCACACACGCAACGCCGAUGGCCGGUACGUCGUGCGCCUGCCCACGACGGAAUCUCUACCGGAUCUCUCUGGAACAAUCCGCGCCGCCCGCCGGGCUCUGCAACAUACAGAGAAGAAAUUUGAUCGAGAGAGCGAGUUCAGAGGUAUGUAUGUCAAAUUCAUGCAACAGUACUUAGACCUGCGCCACAUGAUGCCUGCUCCGCCUUCGACUACCACGCGUCCUGGAGCUUGCUAUCUACCGCAUCACGGGGUCCUGCGUCCUGACAGCACCUCCACAAAGCUGAGGGUAGUCUUCAACGGCUCGAGCUCCUUGCCAAACGGAGACUCUCUCAACAGAUAUCUAGCAACGGGACCGAAUUUACUACCUUCUCUGGCCGACAUCCUACUGAGUUGGCGACGCCAUCGCUACGUCUUCGCGACUGACAUCGAGAAGAUGUACAGACAGAUCCUUGUGCACCCCGACGACCAAUGUCUGCAAAGGAUAUUAUGGAGAGAGAGCAGCAACGACGAAGUAAAGGAGUACUGGCUAAGUACCGUUACUUACGGGCUUUCCUGUGCUCCUUAUCUGGCGAUCCGUACUUUGCGCCAACUUGCCGAGGAUGAGGGACAUCGCUACCCGAAGGGAGCUCUCAUCCUGCUGAGCGACGUUUACAUGGACGACAUCCUGGCAGGCGCGGAGACCAUGGAGGAAGCCGAGGUCAUGAUCCAACAGCUGAAGGAGAUCUGCAGGGCGGGCGGCUUCUCGCUUAAGAAAUGGUCGGCAAACCAUUCGCUGUUACUGAACCAAGUGGAGCCCGACGACCGGCUUCGACAAGAGUCUAGAUGGUGGCUGCCCGGCGAGAGUCACUCUACGCUCGGUCUAAGAUGGCAACCUCGUGACGAUCUCUUCGCAUUCGCUACCAAAGCGAUCACACUGUCGACCUUCAGCAAACGGUCGGUACUUUCGUUGACAGCGAAGAUGUUCGACCCUCUUGGCUGGCUGGCACCAACAACGAUAUUGGCAAAAAUCUUCAUCCAGUCUACCUGGUUGCUAGGUCUGGAUUGGGACGCUCCGCUACCUUGCGACGAAGCGAGAAGAUGGUUACGAUUCCAGAGCGAACUGCCGGCUCUGGAAAAAGUAAUCGUACCUCGAUGGCUGGGAGGUGUGACUGAAUCAAUGUUGGAAAUCCACGGAUUCGCCGAUGCCUCCGAGCGUGCCUACUCCGCAGUGAUCUACCUGAAGAGCAAAACAAAGGGCAUUACUAAGGUGACUCUCUUAGCUGCCAAAACCAAGGUCGCGCCAUUGAAGCAGGUAUCAUUACCUCGACUGGAGCUAUCUGCAGCGACUCUUCUGGCCCGUCUCGUCGCCCACACCUUGCCGAUCAUCGGAGCUGAAAGAGCACCUCUUCACAUGUGGUCAGAUUCCACAGUCACGCUCGGCUGGAUCCGAGGACAUCCAUCGACGUGGGCCACCUAUGUGGCCAACAGGGUCAGCGAGAUACAAACGCUGAUUCCUGAUGCCCACUGGCAUCACGUACCAGGACGAGAAAAUCCAGCGGACUGCGCUUCUCGGGGACUAUAUCCUGGUGAGCUGGUUGACCACCCGCUCUGGUGGCAAGGUCCGGAAUGGUUAGCAACGGAGAGCAGCCCGUGGAUAAACAGUGGAGAGGAGAUUCCAACGGAGGACCUCCCAGAGAGACGAGUCCGGGCCCACGCCGCCGCCGUUGCCGAGCUGGAACCCGAGUCAGAAUUGCUGCUGCGCUAUUCUUCUCUGACCAGACUGCUGCGGAUCACUGCAUGGUGCCGUCGCUGGUGGCUGAUCCACCGCCAGCUUCGUCACCCUCAAAGCCAGUCGAACGAAAUCAGCGCCGACGACCUGACGAAAGCCCGCCUCUCCUGGGUUAGAUUGAUCCAGGCUGGAAAGUUAAAAGAAGAGAUUAGACGGUUGCGACAUGGAACGCCGCUGCCGUCGCGAAGCGCCCUGCUGAAACUAAAUCCAUUUCUGGACAGCGAGGGACUCCUACGCGUCGGCGGGCGCCUCAGCAACGCUGACCUGCCGUAUGAUGCCACUCAUCCGCUAAUACUGCCCAGCGAGUCUACCUUUACUAACCUCGUCAUCGAUGACCACCACCAGCGGACUCUACACGGCGGGACGCAGCUGACCUUGUGCUCUUUACGUCAGGAAUAUUGGGUUCCUCGAGGUCGCUCGCUGGUGAAGAGACGCAUCAGCCGAUGCGUCAGGUGCAUAAGAUGGCGAGCCGCCAUCCCACAGCCUCUCAUGGGCGACCUCCCGGAGCCAAGGGUCAAACCAAGCAGGCCGUUCCUCCACACCGGCAUCGACUACGCCGGACCGGUUUGGAUGAGAACCUCUAAGGGUCGCGGACACAAGGCAUCGAAAGGUUUUAUUGUCGUUUUUAUCUGUUUAGCCUCUAGAGCCGUUCACCUCGACGUAGCCUCGGAUUACUCCGCCGACGCCUUCAUCGCUGCCUUGCGCCGGCUGAUCUCCAGGCGUGGGAUCUGUAUAUCAUUGUACAGCGACUGCGGAACCAAUUUCGUGGGUGCUGACAGGCAGCUAGGCGCUCUCUUCUCUGCUGCCAGUGCCGACGGACGCCGCAUCGCCGCCUUCGCCGCACAGGAGAAAAUCCGGUGGCAUUUUAAUCCACCGGCGGCACCUAACUUCGGCGGUUUGUGGGAAGCCGCUGUGAAGUCCAUGAAACACCAUCUGCGACGAGUAAUAGGUGAUGCCCGGCUCACCUAUGAGGAGAUGGCGACGCUGCUCUCACAGAUUGAGGCUUGCCUCAAUUCUCGACCGUUGCAGCCCCUGUCCGAUGAUCCUGAGGAUGUAGCGGCUCUCACCCCGGGACACUUCCUAAUCGGUUCCGCUCUCUCCGCCGUACCAGAACCGUCGCUCGAGAGAGAACCUUCGGCCCGAUUAUCGCGCUGGCAGCUCCUGCAACAGAUGAGGGACCAUUUUUGGUCCCGGUGGUCCAGCGAGUACUUACAUACGCUGGCCCAUCGGCCAAAAUGGUCCCGAGUCAACCAGGAGGCUUGCAUCGGUCGGCUGUGUUUGAUUCGAAGCGAGCAUACUCCACCAACGAGGUGGCCGCUCGCGCGCGUCACGCGCUUGCACCCGGGAUCCGACGGCCACGUGCGCGUGGUCGAACUACGUACCGCUAAUACCAAUUUGACGCGACCCGUAAGCAAGUUAGUAUUUUUGACCGACGGCGCCGAAGUUUCACUCGAAUCAAAAUCACACGUCGUAAGCGAUUAA